GCUCGUCGUUACGUCGCCGCCGUGGGAGAGAGAAGACGGCAAUGGAGGAUAUAGAAGAUUUGUUGAUCGCCGGCGGCGGCGGAGGAGCUCCUCCGGGUUUCAGAUUACCUUUGACGGCUGUCGGAAUAAAGCCAAAGACGAAUAAGACCAAACGUCUCCACUCCAAAGAUGAAAUUGGUAGUUCGGAUAAUAACGACUCGCUUUCUCCUCUGUCUUCCAAGAUCCCUGGAACUCAGACGAUAUAUAUCAAGACGUUCGGAUGCUCCCAUAACCAGAGUGAUAGUGAGUAUAUGGCUGGUCAGCUCACAGCAUUCGGCUAUGGGUUAUCGGAUAUUCCUGAGGAAGCUGACCUGUGGCUCAUUAACACCUGUACUGUGAAAUCUCCAAGUCAAUCUGCAAUGACCACUUUGAUAUCGAGAGGUAAAAGUGCGAAAAAGCCUCUCGUGAUUGCUGGAUGUGUUCCUCAGGGUAGUCGUGAUCUCAGAGAGCUGGAAGGUGUCAGCAUAGUCGGUGUUCAACAGAUAGAUCGCGUUGUAGAGAUUGUAGAUGAAACUCUUAAGGGUCAUGAAGUGCGGCUUCUGACCCGGAAGACUUUGCCCGCACUUGAUCUCCCAAAGGUAAGGAGGAACAAGUUCAUUGAAAUUCUUCCCAUUAAUGUUGGCUGUUUGGGUGCUUGUACUUAUUGCAAGACAAAGCAUGCUCGUGGUCACCUGGGAAGCUACACAGUCGAAAGUCUUGUUGAGCGUGUGAGAACUGUAAUAGCUGAAGGAGUGAAGGAGAUAUGGUUGAGCAGUGAGGACACUGGAGCAUAUGGUCGUGACAUUGGAGUUAAUCUUCCAAUACUUCUCAACGCUAUUGUAAAGGAACUACCUUCUGAUCAAAGCACGAUGCUGAGGAUUGGAAUGACUAAUCCUCCCUUUAUUCUCGAACACUUGAAAGAAAUAGCAGCUGUUUUAAGUCACCCCUGUGUAUACACCUUCCUUCAUGUGCCUGUACAAUCUGGCAGUGAUGCUGUCUUGACGGCCAUGAACCGAGAAUACACAGUGGCCGACUUCAGGAAAGUGGUGGAUACCUUAACGGAACUUGUACCGGGAAUGCAGAUUGCUACUGAUAUAAUAUGUGGCUUCCCUGGUGAAACUGAUGAAGAUUUUGCACAAACAGUUACUCUGAUCAAGGAAUACAAGUUUUCUCAAGUUCAUAUAUCUCAGUUUUACCCCCGGCCAGGGACACCAGCAGCGAGGAUGAAGAAGGUCCCGAGUAAUAUCGUGAAGCAGCGAAGCCGUGAAUUGACUAAUGUCUUUGAAGCUUUUACACCUUACACAGAAAUGGUGGGCAGAGAAGAGAGAAUUUGGAUCACAGAAAUAGCAACAGAUGGAGUUAAUUUGGUUGGGCAUACCAAAGGUUACAUACAGGUCCUAGUUGCUGCACCUGAAAGCAUGCUUGGAACUAUAGCUACCGUUAAGAUAACGUCCGUUGGAAGAUGGUCUGUAUUUGCGGAGGUUAUUGAGACGUUCGACCAUCCAAAUGAAGAGACUCGGCCUCGCGAAAGGCCAUCUUCUCCUCGUGCCGAUACAUGUGAGACUUGCACUUGCUCUGCUGAGAGCUGUGGAGGACAGAAGAUAGAAGAGGUCUGUGAUGUUUCGGGAGAUCUAUCACCACCAAAUCAAAUUGGAAGAAGCUUGUUUGGACGGUUCUUGAGGAGACGGAACAAGCAGGUCCAUGAAAGAUCGGAGAAAGAGAUCUUAGUGUCCAUGGAAAAGCAAGAAGCUACAGAGACAAGCGUGACUCAUUGGGGUAUCGUCGAUAAGGCUCUUCUAUGUGGAAUGGUCAUCAGCACCCUCACCAUUGUCGUCUUGCUGAUUAGCAUAGGAUCUAGGGUUUUGCUACAACAGUGAAUUCCCGUCGGAUCAAUAGAUUCGUUAAAGUAAAUCGAUACUGAGCAGGGUUUUGUCCAAUGCUCAAUCUGAAUGUGUAUUCUGCAGAGUCUGGACCAAAGCCCUCGCUUCUCUGCUCUUCUUUUCCCUCUACAAAUUUCUUGUUUUCUGAUAACACUUCAAUUACAAUGAUGUUUUAUUUACUGAGAUAAUUGUUUUCA